AAUUAGCAAUAAAAGAUAAAUGUCAGACAUGAGAAGUUCGUUAGUUUUGCUGCUCAUUUUGCUGACGAAGAACGUACGCUGCGAUUAUUCCUGCCUCUGUUCGUACCAAGUAGAGUUAGAAAUUUUUGAUAAACCUGACCCGGCCUCUAAUGUUGACGGUUAUAUGUACGAGUUUGACUGCAAACCAUCCUACCCUGUAGCUGGCCUGGAUAAGGCUUACAGGGCAAUCGGGAACGAAGGGAAGAUUGGCUAUGUCCAAUACUCGUCCAACAUCCAAAUACAAACAUGCCAAGGCAGCAUUCCGGACAUAGAUAGAGUCAAAACAACAAUGGGUGUUACUUUAACUACUACACAAGCCACGGCAACAACAACAGUAACAGCAGCAACAACAACAACACCUAUCGUUACAACAACAAUGCCGUCAACAAGAGUAACAACAGUUCCAACAACAACCACCACAGUUUUACUAACGACAUUAACAACACAACCACCACCAACAACAACAAAAAUGACAACACCAAGCUCGACUACCACCACACCUAUCCCCUCGACGAGAGUAACAACGUUGCCGAAACCAGCUAAUUCAUGUCCUGCUGCGGUCAACCAGAGAAGCAAUCCUCAGAAUAUUUUCCAACACGGAAACAUCUGUUACGAAUACGUGGCCUUGCAGAAAGCGUGGAUAGAGGCGAAGAACUACUGUAACAAUUCGGGAGGCCAUCUUGUCUCCAUUGAAAAUCAAGACCAGCAGAAUUUUGUAUCUAGCAUGUUAUCACAGCUGUCUGUGACUGAUCCUGUCUGGCUCGGACUUAAUGACAGAGUCAACGAGGAGCAGUGGGAGUUAGAUACAGGGAUACCAGCUGUUUACACGAACUGGGAACCAGGAAGGUUUAUUGACCAGUAUCACGACGAGGAGGAUUGUGGGUUGAUGAUUCCUUUUCACAAACACCGAUGGGAUGACGUUAACUGUAAUGGGAUUACGUACGGUGGAUAUAUUAGUCACUCAUGGAUAUGCCAAUACAUGUAAGACUGUAAAAUACACACCUACUGUCUGGAGAUGUGCCAUGCUUCAAUUUGUCGUUUUAAUGUCUGUGAGAUUUUAGUGCACAGUAAAAGAUCUUUUCGUAAAA